CAACAUGGCGUCCAAAAUGGCGGCACAACAGAUCAAUGACAACAGCAACGAGUCGGUGAGACUGAGAGUUUUUCUGCGCCUUAGACGGUAGUCCUUCAUGGCCGAGGUGCCAGUUCUUCAUCCUCUCUGAAAUUUAGUAGUGGAGCGAUUUCCUUUGUUGAAAUGCUUUCAAAGUAUUCAUCAAAACGAGUGACACGCUCAGAGAUCAUAGCACAUACAGCUUUCUUUCUGAGCUUUAUCGUCACCAUAACAGCUCACGACUGUCACCGCAGGCUGGAAACCGUGUGGCAGUCAGAUGUUGGAUCAUCUCCUGUCGUAUCAAGCGCUCUUGUGGCGGACUUCAAUGGCGAUAAUGUUAGAGAUGUCCUUGCCACUUCCUUGGAUGGUCAGGUAUCAGUUGUUGAUGGACGGUCAGGUCUUAACCUUGCUGGAUGGCCAGUAACUCUACCCGGAAAACUCUUAUUCGCUGCACCUCUACUGUUUGAUUAUGACAGUGACGGGAUGAAUGAGUUAGUUUUGGUUACAGCAGAUGGUGUUGUAUCCUUUGUAAAGAAUGAUGGUUCCUUUCUAGAGGGAGAGACAUUUAAGGUUCCACCAUUGGUGAUGAAGCGAGAUUGGUUUCUGGUGGAUCCUAAACAGAUUUCCAACAGAGACUACAUCAGUUCUGUUUCAAAUCCUGCAAAGUCAGCCAGACUUGCUUUCAUAUCAGAAUUUAUCCAUGAUAAUCUGAAGGGUAAACAGCAGUAUUCAAACUCAAGCAUUGACCAUGGUCCAGGAGACAGUUUUUGGUCCAAAUAUCAUCCAGGCAGACGCCCAUCUGGUUUAUCAUCGGAUGGCAUCAGUGUCUUUGUAGACCCUCACAUUCUGUCCACUCCACUCAUCACAGACUUCAAUGGUGAUGGAACUGAAGACGAACUUGUCAUAGUGACCAACUUCUAUUUUGAAGAGGAAAGCCAGUUGGCUGUAUCAGAACAAGGAUUAUCAUCAGAGGAUCUUCAAAAUUAUUUGGGAAGUGCCAUAAUUGUGUUCAAUCUUCACACAAAACAGCUUGUGUUCUCAUCAAUUUUGCAUGUGUCCAGGAAGCCUAGUCAGUACCCUGCUUAUGCUCUGUCCUCUGGUUCUGCCAUUCCAGGAGGUGGGAUUGUUGUGGGAACAUCCUCAGGAACUGUUUACUUUAUAAAAAGCUCCUUAAAUGAACCUUUGUCCCUUAGUACCAUGGACAGUGUACCUGGCCAAGUCAUUAUAUCAGAUGUGAAUCAAGAUGGCUUAUUGGAAAUUCUAGCUAUAGACAACAGUGGCAAUAUUGCUUGCAAGGAUCUUAAUGGGAAAAUGGUGUGGGAGGCCACAGUUUCCAGUUCAAGUGCUUCAGGAAUCCGUGUUGCUGAUGUGGAUGGAGAUGGUUUUAUGGAAGCUGUUGUUGCUACGUUUGAUGGGUAUCUAUGGGUUCUAGAAGGAGACAGUGGUAAGGUACUGGACGGAUGGCCUGUCAAAUUACCAAGUGAAGUACGAGCCACAGUUCUGGUUACUAAAAUAGUUCCUGGAGAAAGUAGUGCCGCAGAUAUGGUAGUUCCCCUGGUUAAUGGCCAGAUAGCGAUCAUACGGGGUAUUGAUCGCUGCACAGAACUGAUCAAUGUUGGUAAGACUGUGCUGGGGAGUAUAGUUAGUGCUGACAUAGUUCCAGGGAGGCCAGGUUUGGAGCUGGUGCUAGGGGCUGAUGAUGGGACCCUGUUGUGUUUAGGAAAUGCGCCGAAUGCACCGACAGAUAGUCUUGCCCUCCCUGUAGACAGGAACGAACUGUUUUCAUGGCCGGCAGAAACUUUGCCAUGCAGUGGAACAACGUUUUACUCUGGGAAGGUUGGAGUACGGUUCACAACUAAAUCCCUGGAAAAUACACAGAUUACGGGGAAAUAUUUUCCCAUUGAGUUUGAAAUCAGAGAUGAUCAGCCAAUGGACGUGAAAGGAAAAUUAUACAAGUUAAAGAUUAUCAUUGGUAGGCGACUCAUAAUCAAGAAGAGUUACAAGUCUCCAGGAUUAUACACCGAACAAGUUGAAGUUCCAUCAAAACCGUGCAGGGCUGUUGUAUCAGUACAACUUUUCACCGAACACGGACAGUGCUUUCAAAGCUCUCUACAUGCAAGUUUUAAUGGCCACUUUAAAGAUGACAUGGCGUGGCUGCUACUGGUACCGUUCAUAACAACUGGAUGUCUUCUGUUGAUUCUUCAUGGUUGGACACAAGUGAAUGCAGAUGUUCUGCCAACGAUAAUGACGGGGAAAAAGCGAUAGCAGUAAAUGCUGAAGAAACAAAGAAGGACACUCAAAAACUACAGAUAUGCUCAGUUUCCAUGGUGUAACAGGACAACCAGAGUGUAAACAGGGAUAUGUGUAAUGGACAAAGAAACGGCGUUCUCCAUGAAGUCGAACAGAAAAUUCUCCUACCAUGUGGCUUUAUAGCUCAGUAGAUGGUAGCACCCUCUGGCUUCCGGCAGGUACAGGUUCAAGUUCCAUCAAGUUUUGGUCAUUGAUUUCUUCAGUUGCUUCGAGUGCAGUAUUACUGAGGGCAUCAAGCCAUCUCUUCCUCAGUCACUCAUCGUACUUAGUGCCAACAAGAACGUUUGGAGAAAAUAGGAAGACUUUACGAAAAGACUAUCGAGAAUGGAAUCGAUUGAAUGUAACUGAUUUAUCUGUGUCAUCGCUUUGGGGAAAAAUAGUAGCCAACAGAAAGAGUGGUAAAGAACAGAAACCUACUCUGAAGUCCUCCUUGGCUCCGUUCAUCCCGUAAAUAUCAUUUUAAAACCAAGCGACAUAGUAGGGAUGAAGUAGUUUUUUUUAAAAUGUAAACUGCGAAUUAGACAACCUUCUCGUUCAUGUCUAAUAUACACCAAUACCUAGUUCUUUUUUCGUAUUUUUAUGGACCGUGGCGAAAUCAAGGUCCACAAAAGUACAAAAAAAGAACAAGGGUAAUAUCCAGUAUCUUAACCGAACAAGCUUCAGAAUAUUAGCACAUAAGCGCGGGUGGAUAUGGAGUUUCUCUUUGAUCGAGUGCCGAACUCGAUACUCACGAGUGAGCGCCUCGUGAGUCCCCAACAUUUUGACCACUGUGAUAAAAAAUGUUGGAUAAGAAUACAGACCACGCUAAACCACUGACGAUAUUGUCAAUUGGCAGUGGACAUUCCGUGAGGUGGUUCUUCUUGUCCUCGGUUUCCAGGUCGAACAGAAAUAUAGGAUAUUGUGGAGGAAGGGAAACCGGAAGACCCGGAGAACAACCCUUCGAGCAAGGACGGGAACCAACGACAAACUCUACAUUUGACACCAGCGGCACAUUUCUCGAAAGGCCCUGUAACUUAACGGGCCCGUAAAGCUGUUCUGUUUCCAUUCAAGAGAAGGUUUAAAACAUUUCGAAAAUUAUGCGAUAAAACUUGCAGCUAAAGAAACAAAAUUGGACUGGUGAGGGAGCCAGAAACUGAUUUUUUAUUGUUUAGAGGCUUUAAUCUAGCUGUACUAGCAAUACAGAUUAAUCAGAGACUUUAAAGGGAAACUUGCGGUGAAAGAACUCUCGUGUAAGAAUUACAGUGAUUGUCGCAUUUUUUAGCGAUUAAAUCACUUGCUCGGUAUGUUUAUCGGCUAUCCCAACAUCUGUGUGGGAAAUAAUGGAUUGAAAAUAAAAACUGUAGAGUUGAUUAAAAAUAGUGGCCCGU